GGACUUCUCUGUAUUUCCUCAAAGAGAAAGAAGCGAAAAAAGGAGUCAAUAAGCAAAACAGUAAAAAGAAAAAGUACCGAAAUGGCUGACGUUGCUCCGGGAAACGCCGGCGGUCAAUUUGGAGAUUUUCCGACGAUUCAUACACAUGGAGGUCAGUUUAUUCAGUAUAAUAUUUUUGGAAAUUUGUUCGAGGUGACGUCUAAGUAUCGGCCUCCGAUCAUGCCGAUCGGUCGUGGAGCCUACGGCAUCGUCUGCUCGGUGUUGAAUUCGGAGACAAAUGAGAUGGUUGCGGUAAAGAAAAUCGCCAACGCUUUUGAUAAUCACAUGGAUGCUAAGCGCACGCUUCGUGAGAUUAAGCUCCUUCGACAUUUGGAUCACGAAAACGUUAUUGGAAUCAAAGAUGUGAUUCCUCCGCCUUUAAGGAGGGAAUUUACUGAUGUUUACAUUGCGACUGAGCUCAUGGAUACCGAUCUUCACCAAAUCAUUCGCUCUAAUCAGGGUUUAUCUGAGGAGCAUUGCCAGUAUUUCUUGUAUCAAAUUCUUCGAGGACUGAAGUACAUACAUUCUGCCAAUGUCAUUCAUAGAGAUUUGAAACCCAGCAACCUCUUGCUGAAUGCUAAUUGUGAUCUUAAGAUUUGCGACUUCGGUCUCGCUCGGCCUACUGCUGAGAAUGAGUUUAUGACUGAAUAUGUUGUCACGAGGUGGUAUCGGGCACCGGAGAUAUUGCUAAACUCUUCAGACUACACUGCUGCCAUAGAUGUCUGGUCUGUUGGUUGCAUCUUCAUGGAGCUCAUGAAUAGGAAGCCUCUGUUUCCAGGCAAAGAUCAUGUACAUCAAAUGCGUUUAUUAACUGAGCUGCUCGGCACACCAACUGAAUCCGAUCUUGGAUUUCUCCGGAACGAGGAUGCAAGGAGAUAUAUCAGGCAGCUCCCAGCACAUCCGCGCCAAUCACUAGCAGAAGUUUUCCCACAUGUUCAUCCAUUGGCCAUUGAUCUCAUUGACAGAAUGUUGACAUUUGAUCCGACCAGAAGGAUUACUGUUGAAGAAGCAUUGGCACAUCCUUACCUCGAAAGAUUACACGACAUAUCUGAUGAACCGGUCUGCCCCGAACCAUUUUCUUUCGAUUUUGAGCAGCAACCAUUGGGAGAAGAACAGAUGAAGGACAUGAUUUACCAGGAGGCCUUGGCUCUAAAUCCAACUUAUGCUUAAUAACAAAAUAUAGUUCUAUCUUCUAAAUCCGUCAUUUCAAGUAAUGAUUUCUACAAUACCUUGUGGUGGCUCAUACAGGCCGGUGGAUUGCGGAUUGAGAGAUACUUUUUGCCUCUGCAAUAAUCUUCGAAGCGGUGUCGCUGAGUCUGCACCCGUGACUGCCAUUGAUGUUAGGCUUUCACGAGGUCAGUCCACUUGAUUAAUUUAUGUUUUUCUCCUGAUGUGCGUUUAUAUGUUAUUUGUUUGAUAUCUUAUGCAUGUAUAACAUGCAUUUUUAUAUGCUGUAUUUGGUUAGUGACCUAGGCAAAAAGAUCCUGUUGUAACAAACUAGCAAUGAAAAUUGACAUUAUUUGUAUAA